AUGUCAAAGGGAUACACCGUCCUACCUAUAAGGCUGGUAAGCCCGCCCCAGCUAGCAGACACAGCGGCCGUGCACCAUCUAUAUCUCAAAAGACACUCUACUACACAACGGGACCCAACUCUGGUGGAUAUUGCAAAUAGGUCACUUUUCAUUGUCAAUCUUCCAUUUGGAGCCAACUUUGAAUCCUUCAAGAGGUUUUUCGGCGAGAUUUCCACCGGUGCCAUUAUUGAGGGUGUUCACGUGAGUAGUCCUGAGAUUGAUCUUACCAAGUUAACCAGUGAGAUGAAAAACAACACGGCUUUGGAAUUUGGAGAAAAGAAAGAGCAGGAAAAGUUUAUUUUGCCAUUAAACACGGCGCUAGUGACGUUUCUGGAUACUAGUGGUGUCGAUCUGGCUCUUCAGAGUGUGCGGAAACUUGCCAGUUCCAAGAGAUUGGCCCGUUGGCCUGUGGCUGUUUCCACUGGAUCCAAAAGGUACUCUUCGCUGUUAGAAGAGACUGUGCUUGAAUCUGAAGGAUUGGCUGAAAGAGUGGCGCACGAUAUGGAGCUAUUUGCAGCAAAAGAGCUUGAUGACCUACAAGAACUCAACGAGAUGAAAAAUAAGGUUGAUGCCGAUGGGUUCACGCUUGUGGUCGGUUCUCACCGUAAGACGAAGAACGGUAUUCUAGGAAAGUUACAGCAUUCUCGGGAUCUCGAGAAAAUCAACCGCAAGAUGAAGAAGAAGGAGAAGACCGACUUUUACAAGUUCCAGAUCCGCGAGCGCAAGAAGCAGGAAAUGAACGAUCUGUUGGCAAAGUUCAAAGAGGAUCAAGAGAGGGUAAAGGUAAUGCGGUCUAAACGUGAGUUCAAACCGUACUGA